AUGUCGAAUUCUAUAAAAAAAUUAGUUAUUGCAGUACAUAGAUUGAAUCUACCUGUGGUCCACAUUUCGCCGUCGCAUAAUACGAUCUCACUCACACCUGAGCCUGUACUUGCAGCUUGUGGUCCAUUUGUCGGCAUCGUGUCUGUCCUGCUCUUUCCAUGGAUCUGGUGUUUACCACUUGCACUCACAUUUGCUGAACUCUUUACGGCAUUUCCAACCGAUGGUAGUUUUUGUAUGUGGGUGGGUGUGGCAUUUGGUCGUCCCAUGGGUUUUCAAGUAGGUUAUUGGAGCUGGGUCGCAGGGGUGAUUGAUAAUGCAAUUUAUCCAUGUCUGAUUGUGGAUACCUUAUUGGCAUUAACAAUGGGAGACAAAGACGCUUUAAAUGAUGAAAAUGGAGUUGCAUGGAAGGUCUUUGGUUUGCGCGCAGUGUUUGCUGUGCUCUUUAUGCUGCCGACAUUAAAAAGUGUCAAAGUAGUGGGCCACACACUUCUAGUCUUGGGAAUUAUGAUCUUCAUGCCUUUUGCUGUACUCAUUAUAAAUGCGAUACCAUUUAUUAAACCAAUGAAUUGGUUUGUCAUUCGAAAAGAUCGUGAUUGGGGUCGUCUUUUAAGUGCUUUAUAUUGGAAUUACAGUGGUUUUGACGCAGCUGGAGCAUAUGCUGGAGAGAUCAAGUCACCAAAAACAACAUAUCCGAAAGCUAUGAUACUCACAGUUUUCAUGAUUGCAUUCACGUAUAUUGUUCCAUUCAUUGCCAUUGCAGGGGCUGACAUGCCACACUACACAACAUGGGAUGACGGAUCGUACUCAGUUAUUGCACAGCAAAUUGGUGGCACGUGGCUUUGUGUCUGGGUAUUAAUUUCCUCCAUCUUUGGAAAUCUUGGAUUGUACGUUGCGGAGAUGGCUAAGGACGGUUUUCAAUUGGCUGGGAUGGCAGAUUCGGGCUUAGCACCCCCUUACUUUGCUCAACGCCAUCCCGAUACUGGUGUGCCGCGCCGAGCCAUUUUGUUGGCAUUUUUCAUCAUCAUCUUUAUGGGCAUGUUUGACUUUGACACGAUUUUAGGAAUCGACAACUUUUUGUCAGCUUUAUCGUCUCUGGUAGAAAUGAGUGCUGCUGUUCGUAUGCGCUUUUCGCACCCUGAAAUUGAACGACCAUACCGUGUGAACCUAUCGGAUCGUUCUUUGUUACUGGCUAUGAUACUACCAUUUACAUUGGGCGUUUUCAUCAUGAUCAACGAGUUAAUCAAGUCUUGGACAAGCUUUACGCUGAAUGUGAUUGCACUUGUUUUGGGCUUUUUCAUUCAGAAAUAUAUUGAAUGUCAUCCAUACCACAAAUAUUCAGAGAUCAUCGGACUAUCACCACACACGACUGACCUGAAGCAAGAAUUCUAG